AUGGUGCAUUUGCUGGUGGGGAGAAGACAUACACAGCAGGAAGAUGACUUGUGUGGUGGUGAGACUGAUAACCGCUAUUUGGUGCUGGCUGCAUAAGGAUGUCUCUCGAAUCUUUUACCUGCCCAUUGUGCUUUGUCUGACCUACAUGGUGUUGAAAGCAAUCAAGCUGUAUCAGUGGAGAAGGGAGCUGAACAAAGCACUGAAGAGUUUUCCAGGCCCUCCAGUCCACUGGCUUUUUGGCAACGUCCAUGAGUUCACUGGAAGAGGGAAGGAUCUGGACAAGGUAUUGGAAUGGAGUAAAAAGUACGCACGUGCCUUCCCCGUGUGGUUUGGGAAAUUUGUAGUGUUUGUGACCCUCAACGAUGCUGAUUACGCUAAGGCUGUAUGUGCCAGGGGAGACCCCAAGGAUAAUAUUUUCUAUCACUACGUACUCCCAUGGAUUGGGAAAGGAUUACUGACGUUACAAGGACGAAAGUGGUUCCAGCAUCGUAAACUGCUGACUCCUGGGUUUCACUAUGGGGUUUUGAAACCUUAUGUGUCAUUGAUCACCAAGUCUACACAAGUGAUGCUGGAUAAAUGGGAACAUCUGAUCACUCAGGAGAAGUCGGUGGAGCUCUUUGGACAUGUCAGCUUGAUGACUCUUGACAGCAUCUUAAAAUGUGCCUUUAGUCAUGAGAGCAACUGCCAGAUUGACAGGGAGAAUUCCUACAUCAAAUCUGUCUUUGAAAUCACCUUUCAGAUAAAUUACAGGAUAUGGUACCUCCCAUAUCAAAUUGAUUUCAUCUAUUGGCUCAGUCGUGAUGGACGUCGCUUCCAGAAGGCCUGUGAAAUGGUGCAUCUCCAAACAGAUAAAGUGAUAAAGGAGAGGAAGAAAUCCCUCAAAGACGAGCGAGAACUUGAAAAGAUUCAGAAGAAGAGACACCUGGACUUCCUGGAUAUUCUUUUGUGUGCCAAGGAUGAAAACGGAGCUGGAUUAUCUGAUGAAGACAUACGUGCUGAGGUGGACACUUUCAUGUUUGGGGGUCAUGAUACCACAGCCAGUGGGAUCUCUUGGACCUUAUACUGCCUGGCCAUGUACCCAGAGCACCAGCAGAAAUGCAGAGAAGAGAUACGGGAGCUUCUGGGAGACCGGGAAAUCAUUCAGUGGGAUGACCUGGGUAAGAUGCCUUACACCACAAUGUGCAUCAAGGAGAGUAUGCGCAUUUUCCCGCCGGUGCCCCUUGUGAGCCGCCAGCUCAGCAAACCCAUCACGUUCCACGAUGGACGUUAUUUACCAGAAGGCACUUUGGUUGGAAUAAACAUCUAUCUUAUACAUAGGGACCCCAACUUAUGGAAAGAUCCUGAGGUAUUUGAUCCCAUGAGGUUUUCGCCGGAGAACUCCUCCCAGAGACACUCCCAUGCCUUCAUGCCUUUUUCAGCUGGAGCAAGGAACUGUAUUGGGCAGCAGUUUGCCAUGAUCGAGAUGAAAGUGGCCAUUGCUUUGUCCCUGCUACGCUUUGAGUUUUCACCCAAUCCAGAGAAGAUUCCCAGGAAAAUACCCCAGUUGGUCUUACGGUCCAAGAAUGGGAUACAUGUGCACUUGAAGAAAAUCCACUGGCAUUGACAUUGUGAAAUAAGUGGGCAAAAUACAUAAGAGAUUUGUAAGUUAUUUGAUUAUCAAAUGCAUUAAAAAUCCCAUCUUUGGGGAAAAAAAGAUCUUCAGUCCCUUUGAGCCUGAAAGGUUGCUUGUUGGUCCAUAUAUAUAUUUAUUCUGAGC